AUGUUGGCGGUGGGUGGAACGAGCUGCACUUCGACCGCAGUCUUCCCCGCGCGUGCCAACUUUGAGUUUUGGGGGAGCGGCGGAGUGUCCACUACACGCCGGUCGUUGAAAGUAGGUAUUUUUGGAACCCCGGAUCCCAAUCUACUUCCAGCGCCUUCCUACCUCAAGAACCGACACGCUUUCGCCGUGUUUUGCUACUUCCCGGGGGGGCCUGGGCCCAAUCAACCUGAUCCACCUUCCUACUUCAUGUCUUCACCUCGCUUCCUCCGACCGACGUGCAAAUCUUCCCCUCUGCCGUCGGUCGGAGAAGCCUUCGGUGGAGGCGGUGCCCCUCGAGGGCGGCGCUGCGCAGGGCGAGGCCCGCCCGCUCCCGCGGGGCCCCGGCCUCGGCGGAUCUGCCCGGGGGACGGCGCGGCCCUCGGCGCCGCGAACCUCACCACGGGCGCGGACUUCCCGGCCGUGGACGCGGACGAGGAGCUCCUGCAGCUGGGGAGGGUGAGGGAGUAUUUAGACAACCACACUUUUGAGGCGAACCAGCACCUGUACGAGGAGGCCUUCGAGGCACUGCAGAGGCUGAGCGAGCUGAAGGCGCAAGAUAUCUUCGCGUUCCGUGAGACGUGGACGGACCUCGACACUGAGCUGUUGCGGGGGCUCGACGAAGGCGCCGACGGCUUCGUGCCCGGCGGCGAGCUGACCACCGAGGCCUUCGCGGCGCGGCUGCCCAGCAUCGAGGAGCUCAAGCGGGUUAUUCGUCAUGGGUCUCGCCGCUGGGGCAAGACUGGCUUGGCCAUCGUUGGCGGGGCUGACAGCUUGACGGGCCGAGGAUUCGGACAGGAGAUCGACUCCCACGCGGAAGUGGUACGCUUCAACGAGAUUGUUGGCAACAAGCUGGUGCCGGAGGAGACAGGCGUCAGGAGCUCAAGCGGGUUAUUCGUCAUGGGUCUCGCCGCUGGGGCAAGACUGGCUUGGCCAUCGUUGGCGGGGCUGACAGCUUGA